AUGGUGAUCGAAGGUCCCUUGAAGGACAAGCUGGAAGCCUUGAAGUUCAAGCCGACAUCUAGACGGACCGGCAAGCCGUUGGUUGGGACAGCCCCUGCUUCUGCAACUCCAGCUUCAACCCCGACCACACCAGUGAACGCACGGCAAAGUAGUGUGGGAGGCCUAGCAGUUCAUGUCAGCGUGAGGUGUCGGCCGGCCACUUCUUCCAAGCAGGUCAUUGAUGUUUCUUCCGAGCCUCUGGGAGGAGACAAGGUUGCCUUGAAACUGACGGCACCUAAAUCGGGAAACGAGGGCGAGGAUGAUAAGGCGGCCGCACGAGCGUACCGCUGCAACACCUACUAUGGCCCCUCGGCUUCCCAAGAAGAAGUCGCAUCCUCCGCAGCAUCGCUUGUCCAGCAUGCAAUGGAAGGCGGAAGCGGCAGUAUUCUUUGUCACGGCAUCACUGGAAGUGGUAAAACUCACACGAUGUGUGGGACCUCGAAUGCCUCUGGCACCUCUGGUAUCGUGCAAAGCGUAGGGAGGCGCAUGUUCGAGCACAUCCGGGAUCAAGUUGCCUCUGGCCGAGUCUACAUGGUUGAGGCCUCGUAUGUACAGAUAUUCUCAGCCGAUGGCUCCACAGAGCAGCUGAUCGACUUGCUUGCCGACACUGAGACUGACCUCGAGAUCAAGCAAGAUCCACGCAAUCCGCUGUCCUUUGUUUGUGCGGGCUUGCAACGCAUCCCCAUUCGAUCUCCGGAUGACAUGCAGCAAGUGCUCAACAAAGGACUGCAGCGCAGCCAGGCAAAAGAAAAUGCGGGCAUCGCCGCCGCUAGAUCGCAUUGCCUGUUUAUGCUGACCGUGGAGAGUAUGUCAGAACAGUCUUCAAAUGGCGAUUCUGGAGUCACAAAGGGAAAGCUGGUCCUUGUGGACCUAGCCGGCUCUGAGAGCAUGUUGAAAGCUUCAAGCUCAGAUGUUGCCAGAAGGCAGGCCCUGGGUAUCAAUCGUACCCUGGCAUCCUUAAGCAUGGCCGUAAACAGCACCAGUGGAGCCUCGGCCGUCAAGGGCUCCUGCUUGACCCAGUUUCUCAGAGACUGCAUGGGCGGAAGUGCACGAACGCUGGUGGUUGCAACCAUUGGCCCAGAACUGGAGGACAUGGAGGAAACAAUCAAAACGCUGACAUAUGCGCAGCAGAUGAUGACGAGCCUGACGGUACGAACCUCAAACGUGGGUCUGAACCGCAUUGAUCAGGAUCAGAGUUCUCUGAUGCAGAUGCGAGACAGACACAACGAGUGCAUCCGGAUGCUCAAGGACAAGGUGAGUGAUUCCAGGGAGGAGGAGCAAGAGGAAAGAAGGAGGUUGCAGACUGAGAUGAACGAGAUCAAUCAGCGACUUCUGACCAAAGACUCGGCAGAGAAGACACUGGAGGAAAUGCGACAACAGCAGUUUAGCAAGAUGGAUGCCAUGAGAACAGAGAUCUCAGAGGCGAUGAACAAUCAGAUGGACAUGCUGAGGAAGCAAUCCCAGGUGGAGCUGGAAAGCUUGCGAGCGACCGUGGAGAAGUCGCAACAAGAAUCCGAACGCGUGAAGAAGGAAGCAGAGGCCCAUGAAGCAGCCGUCGUCAAGCUGCAGGCUACUCUUCAAGAUGCUCAACAAGCGCGGAGAGCUGCUGAAGAAGAGGCAUCAACAUUGAGGGUGAAGCUGGCGACAGCAGAAGAGCGUGCUAGCAUGCUUUCUUCAAGACAGGAGGAGCUGCGAAAGGAACGCGCAGAGUUUGAUGAGGAGAGAAAACAGCUCAGGCAGCAGGGAGAGCAGCAAUGGCAACGACUGGCGGUGGUCGAAGCUGAGCUUUCGAAGUUCAAGUCCGAAGCAGAGGUCCAGAAGAAAGAGAUUGAACGACUCAACGCCGUAAGAGGGGAG